GGUGUUUAUUCCCAACAGGGAUUACUACAGAAUCAAAUUAUCCAUACAAGGGAACUGAUAGCACUUGCAAAACUAGAAAGGAAUCCAACCAUGCUAUUAAGAUUACUGGUUAUGAAGAUGUUCCAGCCAACAGUGAAUCUGCUUUGUUGAGUGUUGUUGCUAACCAACCUGUAUCCGUUGCCAUUGAUGCUAGUGGAUCAGAUUUUCACUUCUAUUCUAGCAGUGUUUUUACCGGAGAAUGUGGAACUAAGUUAGAUCAUGGUGUUACAACAAUUGGAUAUGGGAAAACUAAUGACAGGACAAAGUAUUGGUUAGUGAAGAACUCGUGGGGGACUAGUUGGGGAGAGAACGGUUAUAUUAGAAUGCAAAGAGGCAUUGAUGCUGCAGAAGGAAUUUGUGGAAUUGAUAUGCAAGCUUCUUAUCUAACUGCUUAA